CAUUGCUAAUAUUGUUAGUAGCUGGUUUGUUCACUAGCUUGUUUGCUUUGCUACGUUCCUCGUGCAGCUCGGCUCGGUUGUGUAAAUGUUGGUUGGUUAGCGCAAUGUACUACGUAGUGCGUUGCAUGUGUUGGUAGGGAGAGUGUGGUUCUGCACGGGUGUGCGUUGGCUGGUAAUUACGAGUACGUUGAUGGAGCAAGGAAGGGAGGGGAUGAUGGGGAGCCUGUGCGGGAGGCGGCCGAGGGCGGAGACGCGCCACCCGGUGUACCGCGGCGUGCGGUUCCGGGCGGGCAAGUGGGUGUCGGAGAUCCGGGAGCUGCGCAAGCAGAGCAGGAUCUGGCUGGGCACCUACCCGACGCCCGAGAUGGCCGCGGCGGCGUACGACGCGGCCGCAUUGGCCCUGCGUGGCGCGGGGACGGCGCUCAACUUCCCGGACGCGGCCAGGUCGCGCCCGGCGCCGGCGUCCAUGUCCGCCGACGAUGUCCGCGCUGCGGCUGCCGCUGCCGCCGCGUCCGCGAUGGGCAGCACCUGGGCUCCUCAUCGGAGCGACCAAUGCUGCGGUGAUCAGCUGCGUGCAGGCGAGUCGGACCGGCGUGACGACGUAAUCGGCGUCGUGGACGAGGACGACGUGUUCGAGAUGCCGCGGCUGAUGGUGAGCAUGGCGGAGGGGUUGAUGAUCAACCCGCCGGUGCUGGGCACGGCGGCGGCGGACAGUUGCUCGGCGGCGUCGUACUACGCCGAAAUUGAGGAUGAGGACGCCGUGAGCUUGUGGGAUCACUCUUGAUCCAUCACGUAAUGGAGAUAGUGGAGGAGGGUGUGACUAAGACCGAUACGGACGCGCGCCAUGAGUGACCGUGAUGUGGUGAUGUGGGAUCGCCCGUGAUGUGGACGGACGAAUGUUUGUUGGCCAAACGUAUAUAUGUACGCUGUACGUAGCAUGGAUGUGAAAUGGAUGGUGGAGACACAACAUGGAUAUAGGCAUACU